AUGCCAUCCUUCGAUGAUCCAAGUCCAGCCGUCAACCAAUUUACGGCAUACAUUGACAAGGCAAAAACAUUAUAUCAAGUUAACUUGGAUAAAGUAACGCCUUUCGUUACUUAUAGAUGGGCCGGUUUCGGGAUCAUGUUAUUUUUAUUCUUGGUUAGAAUAUUAGUUGCCCAAGGCUGGUACAUUAUUUGUUACACGCUUUCCAUAUAUUUACUUUCUUUAUUUAUUCAGUUUCUCCAACCAAAGUUUGAUGUUACUUUACAACAAGAGCUCAACAAUGAAUCAAUUGAAGAAGGUUUGACUGAAGAAGAAAAAAGAGGUGGUGACUCUGGGGCUGUUGAUGAUGAAUUUAGACCUUUUAUUAGAAGAUUACCUGAGUUCAAAUUCUGGCAUAGAGCUAUGGUGGCCACCACCGUUUCCUUGUUUGGCAGUUUCUUUGAAAUAUUUAACUUGCCAGUAUUCUGGCCAAUUCUUUUAAUGUAUUUCAUUGCAUUAUUCAGUUUCAGUAUGAAGAAACAAAUACAGCAUAUGAUCAAGUACCAUUAUAUUCCUUUGGAUAUUGGAAAGGCAAAGUACGGUAAAGUUGGCAAAUGA